AUGGCUGGGAGUCCUCCAGUUGGUCGCAUGAAACAAACAACGACCCCACCUGCUGCAUUUCUCUCUAAACAAGCAAGCGGUCUCCUCCUUUUUCGCUCAUCGUCUUUUGUAGGAAAAAAGAAACAGACAAUGUCAGACUGUCUCCCGAAGGAGGUUAUCACCGACAUCCUCUCACGAUUGCCUGUGAAGUCGCUCAUGAGAUUCAGAUGCGUUUCAAAGGCAUGGUGCUCUCUAAUCUCCACCCCCAACUUUAUCUCCACCCAUCUCAAUCGCUCUCUUUCCAACUCCCCACACCAGCCCUACCUCUUCGUCUGCCAUUGCUGGACUUUGCACACCGUCCUGCUUUAUCCAUCCGAUCCAGAAAUAGAACAGAAGGGUGAUUUCUUUGCAAACCCAUCAGAUCGCAUAGAAUUGCGUGAUCCAUCUAACAAUGAAUAUUCCUUGCACUUAGUUGGCUCAUCUAACGGCCUACUUUGUCUUGCCACUCUGAAUUUCGAUAACGAAGUUGGCUUAUGUGUUCUCUGGAACCCAUCCAUUCAAAAAGCCAUCUACCUUCCCAAGCCUAAUCUUGGAUUUGACCGUUCGUUAAACAAAUCAUUUGGCUUUGGGUAUGAGCCCACGACUGAUGAUUACAAAUUGGUGAGGCUUGUGUAUCCAGAUACUGAUUAUAUUGGUUUCAAAACUGUUCCACCUCUGGUUGAGAUUUAUACGCUUCGAACCGGCAUAUGGCGCUCUCUUUCGGCCCCUGGUCCUCCCUACAUCACGAACACGUGGUGCUCAUCGAUUUUCACAGUUUUCCUGAGUGGGGCAGUCCACUGGCCCGCACACACUCCACGGCGUCGUGGCGUCUUUCGCAAUGUGAUUGUGUCAUUUAAUAUGAAGGAAGAGGCCUUUGGUGAAGUGGGUAUGCCUAAAAGUUUACAAGAGCUGGAAGACUUGAACGUUACUCUGGCGCUACGUGAUGGGUUGCUUGCACUUGUCCCUUGUAACGAAUUUGGCAACAAGGCGUCUCAUUCCGUGUGGGUGAUGAAAGAGUACGGAGUGGAGGAAUCUUGGACUAAGCUGUUUGAUGUUCGCAUUGGGGGAUUUCACAGGUUGAUAGGCUUUACAAAGAGUGGUGAAGUGCUAGCGCACAAGGCUGCCUGGUUGUUUUCUUUUGGACCAAGUAGCGGAGGAUAUGUGAAGGAUUUUCCCAUUCAUCACCUAGAACAUAUUUAUUUGGAUACUUACGUGGAGAGCCUUGUUCUACUGAAUGUAGCCGACCGAAUUCCAAGGCGACUGGAGAAUUCGUCUGAAGAAAGCAGGUGUAUAUCCUGUCCAGAAGAAGUGAAUUGAGGGAAAAGAAGAUUUGGUGAAAUGGUUUUACACCACCUUGGAUGGAGUCGGUCGAUGAAGUACAAGGAAGAAAUCUCUGUUUUGUUUUCUUGGAUUGCUUUUGUUGUUUUAGUUUUCUUUGUUGCUUUACUUUCUUGCAAGAUUUGAAAGAGUGAAAAGGGUACUAGAA